AUGUUCCGAUCUCUUGUUGCCUUGGGGUUCACUAUUGGCCUGCUGGCCAUGCCAGGAGCUGCCGUUGCGGUAGAUAAUGCCUUCAAUAUCUAUACUGGUACUGGUACUGGUAGCUGCGCCAGUCGAUUGUCAAAGCUCGAGGACUAUUGGAGGGAUACCAAUACCUUAGCUUCCGGCCUUGCAACUGCAUUCAGUACCGCCGAUGAUGAGGAGGCGACCAGAGAUCGUGUGGUCGCCCAAAAGCUUUUCACGGCAUGGCUGGGAAUCCAAUUCGAUAAUUCCGGCGACACACCGGCAAUUAUAGAUGACUCUAGUCAGAUCUCCAUGAUGGCUUUCAUGGAAAACUUCGAUGUGCUAAACAAAUUCGUGGCCAGUGGAGAGUAUUCGUCUUACAAGUCUCCGCCUAGGCUAUUCUGUGACAACUUUGGAGACUGGUUUGACUGGACAGAUCAAGCCUUUGACGCUUCAGGGAAUCCCGUGGAAUUGAACGGAGUCGCUCUGACUAUCGAAGAGAUGUAUGAGCAAGUAAGGGAACAGGCGGGAUAUGAUUCUCACCGCCCAUACUGGGUUUCUGACAUGGGGGUCUAUGUCUUCCCAAAGCCAACAUCGAACGGCGACUUGUGCGGGGCGAGUGCAAACGGCAACCCUCUUCAGGGGGUGAGCAUUCCUGGCUACCCGGCGGGAUACUACCAGGCUACCAUCAACGGAGAGACUGAAACCAUCGAAUACAAAGCCAUGGAGGACAUUGUGCUGCUAUGUCCCGACUCGUUUGAUAGUCAAAUUCCGUGGGAGUAUGACAAUCUCGCCAGCCUGCCAGAAGUCGAGGCAGAAGACGGGGAGAAUCUGUAUGAUGUGAUGCCUCGGAGUAGCACCUUAUUCCACGAACUGUGGCACCUGGUGACUUUCUGGAUGGGGUUGGACGAGUUGGACAACGAUCAACCAAUAACCGGUCGGCUUACCGAUCACUUUUAUAUUGUGCAAGAUUGUAUUGUACUUGCGACUGGUUGGUACAGCAAUAUGUAUCCCGAACAGAAUGUGGAAAACUACGUGUAUCUGGCAGUAACUUGGUGGUUUUGGGUCGAAAAAAAUGUCGCCUUUUACGACGGCAGACCUCGUGACUGGGAUUGGGACUCCGAAGAGGAGGACUAUUAG